AUAAAAACUAAAAUUGUUUCUCAAAAACUUUUUUUAAGUAGAUGAUUAGUUGAAGUUUUUUUAGAUUAGAUUUAUAGGUAAUAGUUAUUGAUUAGAAAAAAUUAAUUUUCAGAGAAUUAUUUCCUAAUCAAUUUGAAACGAGUGAUAUGGCAGAUAUUGUUAGCAAACGUGAAUCAAUUUCUGAGCCUGUUAGAAGGAUGAGAAAGAAGGCGAAAGGCAAAGAAGCAAGUAAAGAGAACGAAAUUAAAAGCAAUAAGGAAAGACAAAAAAGAGAAGAAAGCGAAAGAAGGAAAAGGGAAAUGUUAUUGUCUGCAAUCACAAUGUUGUUUAAAAAAGUUAAAGCGAAAGGGAUAAGAGAUAUCCAUAAAGAUGAAGAAAUAAAAGAAUGGAAGAGGUACACGAGUUACAACAGACUACCUUACCCAGAAGUACCUACUAGUGUCAGGAAACACUUUUUGAUUUGGUGUCAAGAAAAAAAAUUUGCAGACUUAGAAGAAAUAAAUAAAAGUGUAAAUCUGUACAUACCCAUAUUUAAUAUUGUAAAACAAAUCGCUGAUAUACCAUUAAAGGCAUACACUAACAUCAUAAAAAGCAUACAAGAGAUAGUAGUGGAGUGGAAGAGUGAAUUCAUUAAAAAAAUAGAUUACGCUUGUUUUUUACUAAUAAAAGAUAUAAGAAAAUAUUUUUCCCAUCUUGACUUUUAUACAAAAGAAUAUCACAAAACCUUUGAACAUUUUAAACUUGGGAUGUGGUCUUUAUUAGAUGUACCUAUGAGAUCAGAUAUAAUAAGAGAAUUACCAAUAAUAACAUUUCCCAGUAUGGAAAUAACUGUCAGCCUUCCAUUUCCAUACAACAGCAAACCAUUUGUACUAAGAGUUAUUUACACUACUUUUGAUUUCUUUAGUGAUUUAACAAAAACAAGUCAUAAACCUGACUUUACUAAAGCACCAGACCUUCUAUCUGAGACAAAAAGAUACGAAGAAUUAAAGGAGGCUGUUCAGACAGAAUUGAAUGAGCUACAAAAGGAAAAGUUGAGGUUGCUGAAAUUAGAAAAACAGAAAACAGAAAAAGACGAUGCUGCAGAAAUGUAUUCACCACAACUUGAAAUACAAGAAGAUAUUUCAAAAAAUCAAGAAGACAAUGAAAGGAAAUUAUCACGAAGAUCCACUACCACAUCUCUGGUAUCAAGUGUAAGUCAGGGGCCAGAACGUGCUAAUUCAGCUAACUCCCAGUUUUCAAUUAUAUCGGCCCAAAACAAAUCCCUAUCUGGGCUAGUGAUAAAUACAAAAAGUGAUUCUAAAACAUCCUUUCCUUUUCUAGACAUUAAAAAGAGUCUGCCAAUAUGGGAAGCUAAAUCUUCCGAUUCAGAAGCUGGAGGGCAAAGUAGAUAUUCAAUUAACACAUUUUCCAGUAAAAUUAGGACCUCUAAUGUAUACACUGGUGAUAACUACUAUGACGACAAAGUAAACCGUAAUGUUAUAAGAUGGUCUUGUCCUGACUUAGAUUUAUUGGUAGCUAGGGACUCAGAAAUGGAUGUAGCAAAAUCUUUUUCUUUUCUUGAUCUUAUAUUUUACCUCUAUGAUAAUGAAACUUUGGGACUUUUUAACUCAGAAAAAACAAUACAAGAACUGGUAAGACAAAACCAUUUACAAAAAAAAGAGAAAAUAGAUGUUAACCAAGAAAUUAAACCCAUGUAUGAAAUUAUUUCAAAGCGUGAGGAAGAACGCUACUAUCAAUUUGUGGAGCAAAUGACUAUUAAAACCGAACCAUACGAAGUAAAUCUGAGGAAAUGCCAUACAUUCUCCGGAAUAUACUGCGUGGAUCUGUUUAAACACACAUCUGACCUUUGUAGAAUUCAAAUAGGAAAUUUUCUACAAACGCAAAUAGGACCUUAUCAGUUGGAAAAAGACGACUUCUGCAUUCAAACAAAAAAACCAACAUCUGACAGCUCAAUUGACAACUUUGAAAUUAAGUUCGAAGACUAUUAUUUUCAUUUAGAGGAGAUACAAGAAAUAGAACAGCCCAUCGAAGAAGAUGAAAUGGAUCUCAAUGAAGCAGAAAUAAGGAAUGAAGAAAAGCUGAUCGUUAUUAAAAUCUAUCUACCAAGAAAUGUAUUUUGGUUUAUGAAACCACAGCCAGCAGUGUGGGAUAAUGAAAAAAAAAUAUGGUCAGUCGAACACGUGCACAAAGUUGAACAUAAUAGACAAAACUUCAUGAUACAAUUUAAACUGGGUAAAGUAGGGCCUAUUGCAAUGUUUACUUUCCGCUUUCACGAGCUGCCUUAUAAAAAUUGGACACUGUCACCACAGGACGAAGAUGGAACAGUAGUAUUGACUUUAGAAGGACAACAUCUUACUGUUGAAUUUAAAGUAAUUCAAGAUAAAAUUUGUUUAAAUAACAUUAUGGGAUAUUCACAGCAUUUAUUAGAAGGGAUUAUAGGAAAACUGGUUAGUAUUAGUGAAUUGAUGGAUAAAAUGAAAUCAAUGGGGCUGGAUGUUUUUCCUGAAGAUGAUACUUUUCUUUAUGUAAAAGGAUGUUCUGCAAAGCCAUCGGCCUUAGAAGACCACAUUUAUUUUACUAUGUCAAUGUUCUCAAACACUCUACAGUUCACUUCUUCCAGUUGGAACCUAGCCAUCGGGCGUAAUGAUAUAGCAUUCCAAAGUCGCUUGCAUGCACCAUAUAGCUUGCUUUCGUAUGCAACUUAUAAAGCAAAUAUUUUUAGGUGUGAAAUGGUGAUAAUUAAUGAUGAUGCACAAAAGUUUCCUGAAACAACAAACCAAGGCAAAGAAUUCUUUCCUGACUCCUACUCGUUAUUAUCAAAGCUAUAUGCAAAAAACGUCCAUUUCUUGCAGUCUGAUUCAACAAUGGUUUAUACUGUUUACACUCUAUUAACAAGAACAAAGGUUCUUACUUUUUCUGGAGAUCCAAGCAAAUGUCUUUAAAAGAAAAUUGCUCAAUUGUUAGAUGAGAGGAUAACAAGUUUAACUGAAAUCGAUCAGGAUUUCAAAACUAAUGUUAAACAACUUGCAGACCGACCGUCAAGGUUUCACAAUUUUCAGACUGAUUGGAAUUAAAAUAUUUCACAUUGAUGUCAAGAUUAAAACAGUAGAACCAACAAAAUAAAGAAAAGUUUAACAUAA